AUGGGCAGAGAGGAACAAAGACGAGGCACUACCGAAGGGCAGUUCUGUUCAUUAUCUAUCUAUCUAUCUAUCUAUCUAUCUAUCUCAGUCAGUUCAUAUCUAUCUAUCUAUCUAUCUAGCUAUCUAGCUAUCUCACUAGCUAUCUCAGUCAAUUCAUAUCUAUCUAUUAGUAAGUUCAUAUCUAUCUAUCUAUCUAUCUAUCUAUCUAUCUAUCUAUCUCAGUCAGUUCAUAUCUAUCUAUCUAGCAAGCUACUCAGUCAGUUCAUUAUCUAUCUAUCUAUCUAUCUAUCUAUCUAUCUAUUAGUCAGUUCAUAUCUAUCUAUCUAUCUAUCUAUCUAUCUAUGUGACGUCGCCCCCCCUGGUCGCAGCGUCGGCUCUGUCUCACAACUGCAAGUUAACUUCUUCUUCGUCCGAGGCGCAAACCCAACUCCAACUGCAACUUCUCUGCCUGUCCGGCCUGUAACUGUCUCACCGUCCGCCCUGCAACUCUUCUGCCUUUUUCUAAUGAUGCAUGGUGCCACAUCUAUCUAUCUAUCUAUCUCAAUCUGUUCAUAUCUAUCUAUCUAUCUAUCUAUCUAUCUAUCUAUCUAUCUAUCUAUCUUAUUCUUUGUCUGUUUCAGACCAUUUCUAUAUUGA